AUGGACAAGCUUGAAAGACUACGACCAGCCGGGCACCUAGAGAAAUUCUUCCUCGCACGCGGUCUGGCUGGGCACUCCAACGUGGCAGUAUCGGCAACCUAUGUCCUGCCAAAUACUUUCACCCGGCCCUUAAAGGAAUAUGCAUAUAGAGCAUGUGAGACAGUGAUCACCAAGAACCCUAUUCUAUCAGCAAUCCCGGUAAAAGACAGCCAUGAUACCUGGUUCUUCCGGCUCCCGGGAAUCGACCUGACCCAAUCCGUAUCAUUUCAAAGGCGUGGCCACGAUUAUCCUACUGAAGAUCAACCAGACAUUGAACUAUGUAAUCUGCUGCAAGUUCAGCAGAAAUCCGAGUUCACAGCGCCUCUGCCAUUCUGGAGACUGAUCAUCUUAACAGAGCCGACUGAGCGGCGCUUUACAGCGGUAUAUAUAUUCCACCAUGCAAUCGGCGACGGGAUAUCAGGGAAGGCUUUCCACGAGACAUUUAGAGAGGCUUUACAUGAUGCUGCCGCUUACUUGGCCCAGGGAGGAAUCACAAGACAAGUGAUUCCAUCACCUAAGGUCCCUCUGCUGCCUAGUCUGGAAGCGCUCCAUCCGUGCUCUAUAAGUUUUACUUUCCUCCUGAAAAAGGUGCUCCAGAUCAAACUAUGGCCCUAUCGUGAUCCGGGUCUCUGGACAGGACCGAAGUCAUACACACCAGUUGAUAUUGAAAUCCGCCAAAUUGUUAUUUCAGAAACAAUAUCUACAACCCUGAGAAAGAAAUGUCGUCAAAAUCAUGCGACUAUCACCUCGGCCCUACACACAGCCGUUGCACGCAGCCUACUUGCGCAUCUGCCAGAAGAGUACACCAGAUUGCAAGCUAUUGGCGCGAUGUCGACUCGCCGGUGGCUGAAGGAAGAAGGGGGAGUUACGGAUCAAUCAAUGGGUGUUUGGGUCAUGGACUUCAAGGAAAGCUUCUUCCGGGAGGAGAUGGACCAGCAUCCUCCUGACAGCUUUCUGUGGGGAGUUGCAAGGAAAUCCUGCACAACAAUUAAAGAGGUGCUCAGUCGCAAGGGCAAGGAUUCCAGUGUGGGCUUGCUCAGAUACCUGGAUGGUCAUGGCUUUAUACGGGGUAAGAUAGGGAAGGACCGAGAUGGGAGCUUCAAAGCUUCGAAUUUGGGGGUUUUGGAAGCCGGCCAGGAACGUGUUUCGUGGCCGCAGAUUGGACGGAUGAUGUUCGCUCAGCCGUUUGAUGGUGUGAGUGCACCGCUGGCCGUGUCUUCGAUCACAGGCGGAGAUGGCUGUUUAGUUGUAACUAUUACAUGGCAAAAAGGCCUUGCAGAUUCAACGAUGUUUGAUGGUGUUGUUGAUAUGAUUGCUAGGGAGUUGCGUCAUGCUGCGCGGUGA